UCCUGGGGACAAGUUUGAGAGGCCAUGUGCUAGUGCCUCUUAGGAAGGGGGAAAAUCCCUGCAGCUCGGUUUUUGUCCCAAUGGUCUGUUCAGUGAGUGAUUCCCGUUUCCCCAAAGGCUGCCCCUCAUUAGCAUGAACGGGGGUGGGGGUGUGGAGAAGGGGUGGGGGGAGAGACAGCAGGCAAAAGCUCAGGCUCCGUUUUAGAGCCUGGGAACCCUGUCCACGAAAAUGACAGCUAGAGCCUUCUGGCUUCUCUGUCUGAUCGUGGGCUCGUCCCCCGAAGCCUCAGAGGCGGAGAGAAAAGCCUCGCCGCCGCACCACAGAAAACCCGACCCCAGCGGGGGCCCGAGCGCGGAGGAGACACCGGGGCCCCGGGCGCAGCCGGUCCCUGAGGCGGCCCCCGCCGCCCGCGCCUGGCCGGACCCGCGCCGCCGGAAGCCCGCGCCGCCCGCCGAGAACCGGGCCGGCUUCCGGGAGGCCGCGCGCGCGCCCGCCGGGCCGCCGGGCCCGCGCCUCGCGCAGACCGAGAACCGCGCGUCGCCGCGCCGCGUCACCGCGCCGGAGGACGCCCCGAGGCGCGCGCCCGCCCGGGCCGCGCGCUUUCCCGCCGCCCGGCCGCCCGCGCGCGCCGUCGAGGCCCCCGCCGGCCCCGCCCACCCCAACCGGCCGCGCGCCGCCGCGUCGCCCCCGGGGCCCGCGCCCGCGCCGCCGCCGCGCCUAGGCUCGCCGCUGAGAGACGCGGAGGCCGGCGCCCAGCCGUGCGCGCGCGUCUGCAGGACCGACCUGGACGAGCGCGAGUCGUACUGCGCGAGCGAAUUCGCAGUGAACGGAAUCGUGCACGACGUGGAUGUGCUCGGCGCAGGGAUCCGGCUGGUGACUCUGCUGGUGGACCGGGACGGGCUGUACAAGAUGAACCGUCUGUACAUCACGCCGGACGGGUUUUUCUUCCGAGUCCACAUAUUAGCCCUAGACUCCUCCAGUUGCAAUAAGCCAUGUCCAGAACUUAAACCUGGCAGCAGGUAUAUCGUCAUGGGCCACAUCUACCAUAAGAGACGGCAGCUCCCUGCAGCUCUGCUCCAGGUCCUGAGAGGGCGCCUCCGUCCAGGGGAUGGACUGCUCAGGAGCAGCAGCUACGUGAAAAGGUUUAACCGGAAAAGGGAAGGGCAAGUUCAAGGUGCGAUUCACACCCAGUGUAUCUGAAACACUCCACCUGGCAUUUCUGGAUCUCAAGAGACUUGGAAUUCAGCAAUGGGAACGUGAAAGAUCUAUCUUCACGUAAGGGGGUCUUCCUUUAGAAGAGGGCCCAUAGCUACUUUAUGGGUGACCUGCAUAGUUCCAACUCUAAUCUUGGAGGUGUCACUAUCUUACUUACAAAAUGCUUCUUGAUGGUAUUCUGAGCUCAGUGGCAAGGUUAUGCAACUGUAGUGCCAGUGAUUCACACAGCUCAGACAAUUGACCUGUCCGGUUAACAGAUCACUGCUUCAUAUUAAGGUUUUAAAUUAUUUUAAUUUAAUACAUUCCGUAGUAGAAAUAGUUCACAAAAAACCAUUUUCUCAAGUUUAAAUAUACAACUCUGAAUAGUUUAUAUAAUGUAUCAAACCAAAUUUUAUACUCAAACCAUCACAUUUUAAAUUCUGUACAGAACAGUAAGUGCACUAGUCAAAAGACAUUCAUGUAAGAAAUGUCAUUUAGAUCCAACACUAGGGUCAGCGCCCAGGACAAGUAUUAAAAUUUUACAUUUAAAGAAUACUAAAGAGCUAAUUCAAGCAAAAGUGUUACUGAUGUACCAAAACGUACGAUAAAGCAAUAAUUAUUCUCAUGCUUCCCUGCUCCUAGUAACUUGUUUUGUGCCGAACUGGCAACUAUCCCAGUGCUCUACGGAUUCUGGAUGUAUCUGAUGUCAUUUUUCUAUUGAGACCAAGUAUCCUGUGUCAUGUUUGUGUUUGUAAAGCAGUAAAUCUUGCCUUGAAAUCAGA